AUGAAACCUAUUAUGCUUCAUGGCCAUGAACGGUCCAUCACACAGAUCAAGUACAACAGGGAGGGAGAUCUCAUCUUUUCAUGUGCCAAAGACCCUCAGCCUAAUGUCUGGUACUCACUCAACGGAGAACGGUUGGGCACAUUUGUCGGACACAACGGAGCUGUGUGGUGCAUCGACUGUAGCUGGGACUCAACAAAAGUUCUGACAGGAGCUGCCGACAACACCUGCAAACUCUGGGACUGUGAGACAGGCUCACAGAUCAGUUCCGUGGAGACCAACACGGCCGUCAGAACCAAUGGAUUCUCUUUCAGCGGUAACCUCAUCAUGUACAGUACAGACAAGACCAUGGGCUUUCCCUGUGAGGUCUUGAUAUAUGACAUCAGGGAUGAACUAGGUUU